UAGAGCUAGUACCCAGAGCCGUAAAGCCAGUUGAAGUGGUUGAAAAAAGCGUGGGCCUUUGCACGGGAAAUUGAAAUUGUUUUAUUUUGUUGAAAAAUAAAUAAAAAAAUAGCGAUGAAUGAGUGACUCAAAAUUCAAAUUAUUUCUAUGAACUAUUUGGAGGAUUACUAUCUACGCGAUGAUUUCAGAAACUUUGUACUCCAAUAACACGGAAAAUCAUUCUCAUAUUGAUCUUCAUGAAAACUCAACAAGUAACAUGUCUGAAAGUGCCGAAAAAUCAAGUUCUGUUAUAGAUGUCACAUGGACAAACAGUGCUACAAUAACAUUGUUAAAACUAUAUGAAAACAAACUUGAAAUGUUGAGAACCCCUAAAAGGAAAACAAGAAUAUGGCUAGCUAUUUCUGAAAGCUUAAGAGAUUACAAUUUUGAGAUGACAGCUGAUCAAGUAAGAUGGAAGAUAAAUGCACUUACAAAGAAAUACAAACGAUGCAUAAAUACUGGACAAUCUAUAAAAUUUAAAUAUUUCAAAGAAAUGGAUGAUAUACAUGCCAAGUAUAAUGUGGAUUGUGAUAUAUUUGUUUUAACUGAAUUUAUUCACAAGAAAAAUGGUGAUUUAAAUGCACUUAUACAAACAAACAGUGAAAGUAAAGCUAUGACUAAAAUGCGGAAAGUAAGACUGGCAAAUAGAAUUGAAUCGGAUUUAACUCAAAGCAAAUUAAAAUUAGAAAAACAAUGGCUUGAAUAUCUAAACAGGCAAGAACAAAACAGAUUAUUGCAGGAUGAAGUAUUUGAUCGAAAUUUAAGAAUAAGAGAAGAAGAAUUAGAAUUGCGUAGACAAGAGUUAGUAAUUAAGGAAUCAUUAGAAUUAAGGAAGUUACAGUUAAAAGAAAGAGAACAAAAUGAAUUACUGAAGAUUGAACAGGAAAAAUGUGAUACGCUUAAAUUUCUCCUUGAUAAUAGAGAUGUAUCAUAAAAAUA